AGUAGUUAGCGCCGGCGCCAGCGCUCCCGGCUGAGGCGCGCUGGCUCGCCUGCAGCCGGGGGUGAGUUUUCUUCGCUCGGGCCCCGCCUCCUGCCCUCCCCUCCGAGAGCCGCGCGCAGCCCCCAAACCACCUCUCCAAGUCUCUCGCACACUUGCAGUCGGUCUCCCCAAAGGAGCAGCCUUGCUCGCUCGCGGAGCACCAUUCCUGAGAGUCUCUCCCCGAUGGAGCUCGGGCGCCUCCGACGCCGCUGCUGCCGGGAACCCUGAGCAGCGCCGGGUGCCCUAAGGACCGCGCCGGCCAGCUAGAGAGUGCAGGGCGACCGGGCGCACGCCUAGGACCCGGGACCUCGAGGCUCUGGAAAGCACUCCGUGCGACUCUCCCGGGUCACCUGGCCGGUGGCAGGGACCAUGGCUCUGAAGGACACGGGCAGCGGCGGCAGCACCAUCCUCCCGAUCAGCGAGAUGGUGUCCGCGUCCAGCUCUCCCGGCGCUCCGCUGGCCGCCGCCCCGGGGCCCUGCGCACCGUCGCCCUUCCCCGAGGUAGUGGAGCUGAAUGUUGGCGGCCAGGUUUAUGUGACCAAGCAUUCGACGUUGCUCAGCGUCCCGGACAGCACUCUGGCCAGCAUGUUCUCGCCCUCUAGUCCCCGGGGCGGCGCUCGGCGCCGGGGCGACUUGCCCAGGGACAGCCGCGCGCGCUUCUUCAUCGACCGCGACGGCUUUCUCUUUAGGUACGUGCUGGAUUACCUGCGCGACAAGCAGCUGGCACUGCCCGAGCACUUUCCCGAGAAGGAGAGGCUCCUGCGCGAGGCAGAGUUCUUCCAACUCACCGACCUGGUCAAGCUGCUGUCGCCCAAGGUCACCAAGCAGAACUCGCUCAACGAUGAGGGCUGCCAGAGCGACCUGGAGGACAACAUUUCCCAGGGCAGCAGCGACGCACUGCUGCUGCGUGGGGCGGCGGCCAGCGCGCCCUCGGGCUCUGGGGCACAUGGUGUCAGUGGUGUAGUCGGUGGUGGCAGCGCUCCGGACAAGCGCUCUGGGUUCCUCACCCUGGGCUACCGUGGCUCCUACACCACAGUGCGAGAUAACCAGGCAGAUGCCAAGUUCAGGCGAGUGGCGCGCAUCAUGGUGUGCGGGCGCAUAGCCUUGGCCAAGGAGGUCUUUGGGGACACUCUUAAUGAGAGUCGCGACCCUGACCGACAGCCCGAGAAGUACACGUCCCGCUUCUACCUCAAGUUCACCUACUUGGAGCAGGCGUUCGAUCGACUAUCUGAGGCCGGCUUCCACAUGGUGGCGUGCAACUCCUCUGGCACCGCCGCCUUUGUCAACCAGUACAGAGACGACAAGAUCUGGAGCAGUUACACUGAAUACAUCUUCUUCCGACCACCUCAGAAAAUAGUGUCACCCAAACAAGAACAUGAAGACAGGAAACAUGACAAAGUCACAGACAAAGGAAGUGAGAGUGGAACUUCCUGCAAUGAGCUCUCCACAUCCAGCUGUGACAGCCACUCAGAGGCCAGCACUCCACAGGACAACCCAGUCAACACUCAGCAGGCUGCAGCUCACCAGCCUAACACCUUAACCUUGGAUAGACCCUCCAGGAAAGCACCUGUUCAGUGGAUGCCACCACCAGACAAGCGCAGAAACAGUGAACUCUUUCAGUCACUCAUCAGCAAGUCCCGAGAAACAAAUCUCUCCAAAAAGAAGGUCUGUGAGAAGCUAAGUGUAGAAGAAGAAAUGAAAAAGUGUAUUCAGGAUUUUAAAAAAAUCCACAUUCCAGAUUGUUUUCCAGAGCGCAAACGCCAGUGGCAAUCUGAACUGCUCCAAAAAUAUGGGUUGUAGUAAUGAUGAUGUUCUGGGAGUGUUAUGAUGGCAUUCAAUGUUUACUACAAUGUCACCGCCUAACUGAUGGCCGGUGUGAAUUCUUGCUGCUCUUUCCUUUUGGGAACAGUGGAUGUGGGACAGUAUUUUUUCAUUACUUUUAUUGUUGUUUUUAGAAACAUAAUUUAAAAUAUGAAACCAGUAAACAUGUGUCAAAAUGGUGUAUCUAUCCGAUUCAAGCCAUUUUGUAAUAAUGAACGUAUAAUGUGCAUGAUCAGGAAACGUAGAAUCUUGAUUUUCGAACUGUGGUUGACCAGACAUGUUUGUCAUUCUGUAAUUCACAAAACAACAAGGCAUUAUAUCAUACCAAUUCAGACAAGAAUGUGGAUGAAACGAUAUGAAAUAAAAACGUAAAGGAUGGUUUUAGGACCCAAAUAUACAACUGUUUAAAUGUUAAUGCAAUAAAACAAGUAUUAUUUUUUUUGCAUGAACACAAUGUUACAAAUAAAUCACAAGAAAUAAGGAAGAAUUGUUUGUUGCUUUGAAAGAAAAAUAUUAAAAAAUAAAGCAAAUAUAUAUACAUAAAUAAAUAUAUAUAUAAAGUUUCAGGCAAAGCCUGUAAUUGUAAACUGUCUAGGAAUUGAACAUUUUGUUCCAGACCUGUGGUUCUUUUGUGUAGAUGUAUGGUGUUUCUGUAUGUUAAGAUGGUGUAAAUAUGCCUUUUUCUGUUAUGUUACAGCAUCAACAUCCAUCUAUCAAUGCUAGUCAUGAUUAUUUCUGUGAAAUGAGUUUUUUUUCCAUCAGGCUGUGAAACUGGUAUAAUUAUUUAAAAGAUCCCAUUAUCAUGUUAAUCAAAAUAAUUGAAGGAAAUGGCAAAGAGCUUUAUGUCUUUAUUAAAAAAUGGAAAAUGACUUAGAAUUCCUUAAUUUCUUCUGACUUUUCUUUUAAAAAUAUUUUUAUAUCAUCUUUGAUGUUCAUUUAAAACACCAUAUUACAGAUAAGUUGAUAAAUUCAAAUGUUGGAAAGGUUAAACAUAAUUCAAAUUGAGAUAGAGUUCCAGAUC